AUGAAUGCCGACAAGACGGGUAUCAAAGCGUUCGACCCGACGGGGGAGGAAUCGGAAACAGCACAGAAAUGGGACCGAUGGCUACGAUCGUUCGAGAUAUUUCUGGAGGCUAGUGCGAUUCAAAAUGAAAAAAGAAAACGGGCGUUAUUACUCCACCAUUCCGGCGAAGGUGUACAAGAGGUCUGGUAUACGCUUCCAGAAUCGAAAAGGGAGGAUGAGCCGCAAGCACCACUGUAUGAUAUCUGCAAAACAGCACUAACCCCAAUUUUUCAGCCAAAAAAGAACUAUACGUACGAAAGGCACGUGUUUCGGUCAUUAAGCCAGAAAGAAGGCGAAACCAUUAUCCAGUUCGUCACCCGCUUAAAGGCGCAGAGUGCCAACUGCAACUUCAGAAACAACGCAGACGACAUGAUCAUCGACCAACUAAUCGAGAAAUGCACUUCAAAUGACCUGCGAAGGCAACUGCUAAAGGAAGGCGACAGUUUAACCGUAGAUCGAGCCAAGGAGCUGGGAAGAAUCUUCGAAGCCUCCGAGAAGCAAGCCGGGCUAAUGGAAGCCGGAAGUCAAGACAUCCGAAGAGUAGAAAAGAAAGUGAACACGAAGCGUCCACCCAAAGCGUUCAAAUGUUACAGAUGCGACGGGGAAGGUCACAGAGCGAGUGAUGAGAAGUGUCCUGCAAGAAAUAAAACAUGCAACAAAUGUGGGCUGAUAGGACAUCUGGGGAAAUGCUGCAGAACAAAGAAGAAAGCGACUGAACAAAGGAAAAGAAUCCGAAACAUCGAAACUGGACAUCCGUAA